GUCCUUCUCCAGGGCUAGCAGUUGCUUUAAAUGGAAUGAUGUGGGUUAGAUGAGUUGUCUACAGGCCACUUCCUCUCUUUCACCUUUCUCGACUUUCCACUCAGCUAGGACAACUCCCACACAUUCUGUCAAGAAUCUGAAGAUAGGUAUCUUCCUUUGCACUUGGGGAACUUCCCAAGGCCAGCAGGCACCCAAACAUACCUAGAAUACUACCCGAGAGGUUAGGAAAGGACUUUUCCAUGUGGCCAUUGGGUAUGAGUUCCUUCUCCCUGGGACUCCCACAUCUUCCUUAUGGUCUGGGAAAGCACCCUGCAGAUUCUGAUAAAAGCUCAGUACAAGAUGAGGCAGAGGAGAGCUCUUGGCUUCACCAGACAUUCACUGGUUGCUCCAGAGAGGCCGGAGCCAGAAACUCAUCACCAUGAAAGUCAUCACCACAGCCUUGAUGUGCCUGCUGCUGGCUGCUGUGUGGCCACGAGAUGUGGACAGCAAGAGCAUGCACGUGCCCUCCUCUCGCUGCUGCUUCAGAUUUCUGAAGAAAAUCCCUCCCCAGAAGUUAAUCCAGUGUUACAGAGAGAUCAGCUCCUCCUGUUCCCAUCCAGCUGUGGUAUUCAGACUGAAGAAAGGUCAAGAAAGCUGUGCCUUGAAUACAACCACUUGGGUUCAAAAAUACCUGAAGAAGGUGAAACCCUGCUAGCUGAGGCUAAAUAUGAGCUACAUCUUCCUG